GUGCGAUUUGAGAUCCGAGAAUGGCAGGUGGAAUUGCAUCUGGAUCGAGCCGUCUCUCUAAGCUUCUCAGGCCCCCAUCCACCGACGUCAAGGCCGCAGCCAUGUGGGGCGUCGCCGCCGGCACCGGGGCUCUUUGGUUUGUCCAGCCCUUUGAUUGGUUGAAGAAGACAUUUCUGGAGAAGCCAGAGACUCAAGAGCAGUAAUUUAUGUUUUCACAUUGUUUUACUUAACCAAUCAGAGAAGGAGAUAAUCUCUUUCCAAUAAUUUGCUUGCUUUUGUUGUUGAGGCUUAGAAAUGUUGCAAGGACUUCAAUUGUUUGUUUUUGAGUUUUCCUUGCAGCGUCUCAUAUGAUUCACUUGCUACAUAGUUAUCAAUGGAUCAGUGAUUUGGUAUUUUUCUUCUCUCUUAUGAUGUCUGAAUUACACAUCUACAUUGCGAAUUACAUAAUUCAUUUUAUUUCU